GAGCUGAGCUCCAGCUUCCUCCUGCAGCCAGCACGUCCCUGCACGGACCACAGCUUGCCCAGAGGACACCCAGAGGGACAGUGGGCAUCGUGAGCUGCUCCAUGCACCCCUGACAGGCCCCCCAAAAUGAGGCUCCCCGCACAGAUCCUGUGGCUCACGCUAUGGUCUGUCUGUGUAGCCCAAGAUUGUAAUGGUCCUCCCCCGAGGAAACAGACCGAAAUUCUGACGGGCUCCUGGUCUGACCAGGCCUACCCACAAGGCACAAAGGCCACUUACAAAUGCCGCCCUGGGUACCGGAUGUACGGCGUGAUCACCAUGGAAUGCAAGGGAGGGAACUGGGUGGCCCUCAACCCAUACAAGACGUGUCAAAAGAAGCCUUGUGGGCACCCAGGUGACACGCCCUUCGGUUCGUUCGAACUUGCAGAAGGAGACAAAUUCGAAUACGGGGCCAAGGUAGUUUACACGUGUGAUGAGGGGUAUCAGAUGAUAGGGGACAUCGAUUUCCGGGAAUGUGAUGCAGAUGGAUGGACCAAUGACGUGCCUCUGUGUGACGUGGUUAAGUGUUUACCCGUGGAGGCGCCGAAGAAUGGAAGACUCAUCAGCAGUGCGUUCGAACUGAGCCAGGAGUACACUUACGGGCAGGUGGUCAAGUUUGAGUGUGACAAGGGCUUCAAGCUGAACGGGCCUUCGGAAAUACAUUGCUCAGGAAACGGCCAGUGGAGUGCAGACAAGCCCAGCUGUGUGGACAUCUCCUGCCCAGUCCCACAAAUCGAAAACGGAGAGCCCACGUCCCCGAAGGCCUCCUACAGGGAGAACGAGAGGCUGCAGUACAAGUGUCUGCCAGGCUACACCUACGGCGGGAGAGCAGAGACCGUCUGCACCCAGCGGGGGUGGACCCCGCCCCCGUCCUGCCAAGAAAAGACAUGCGAGAUUCCAAGAAUUGCAAACAGUCACUUCCAGGCUGACAGGAGCAAAUACAGAGUGGGAGACAGAAUCACAUACUCCUGUAAAAGAGGCUUUUACCCUCCCACCCAGGGAAAUACGGCAAAAUGUACUGCUAUGGGCUGGGAACCUUCUCCGAGAUGCAGCUUUAAGCCCUGUGACUUCCCAGAAAUAAAACAUGGACGCCUACAUGGGGAAGAUAGAUAUAGACUAUCCUUCCCAGUAUCCGUAGGAACAUGGUUUUACUAUCUCUGUGAUGAAAACUAUGUGACUGCUACAGAAAGCUCCUGGGAUUACAUUACUUGUAAACCAGAUGGCUGGACCCCGAAACUGCCCUGCCGCAGAAGAUGCAUUUUCAAUUAUUUGGAAAACGGACAUCGUCCACUCUCUGAACAACAAUAUUUGCAGGGCCAAUCUGUAAAUGUUAGUUGCUAUCCUGGCUACACGCUUCAAAACCAGCAGACCUCACUGACCUGUACGGAGAAUGGCUGGCUCCCUCCUCCCAGAUGUACCCGUGUCGAUUUCUCCUGUGGCAGCCCUCCCCCAGUGCUAAAUGCCUAUGUACCAGAGGAGAAGUCUAGGUAUCAACACGGGGAGACAGCACAUUAUCAAUGCAGGCACCUUCUGGGCCUCUUCGGGAAUGAAGUGACAUGCUUAAACGGAAAUUGGACAGACCCACCUGAGUGCAAGGAUUCCUCCGGAAAAUGUGGGCGCCCUCCCGCUAUUGACAAUGGAGACAUUAUCUCGAAUCCAUUAGCAGUCUACGCUCCCGGGUCUUCAGUGGUUUAUCAGUGCCAGGCCUACUAUGUGCUUGCAGGAAACAGGAGAAUAACGUGCCGCAAUGGAGAGUGGUCUGAGCCACCCAAAUGCUUGGGAAAUACUUGUCCUAGACCACCCAGCUUUGACAAUGCCAACCUCGUAGUCCAGCCGAAGAACUCAUACAAGUCAGGAGCACAAGUGUCUUAUAAAUGUUCAGACAAUUACCAAAUGGAAGGAUCCGGUACUGUACAGUGUAAGGAAGGCAUUUGGAUCGGAACACCCACAUGCAAAGAUUUCUCCUGUGGCAGCCCUCCCCCAGUGCUAAAUGCCUAUGUACCAGAGGAGAAGUCUAGGUAUCGACACGGGGAGACAGCACAUUAUCAAUGCAGGCACCUUCUGAGCCUCUUCGGGAAUGAAGUGGUGACAUGCUUAAACGGAAAUUGGACAGACCCACCUGAGUGCAAGGAUUCCUCCGGAAAAUGUGGGCGCCCUCCCGCUAUUGACAAUGGAGACAUUACCUCGAAUCCAUUAGCAGUCUAUGCUCCUGGGUCCUCAGUGGAGUAUCAGUGCAAUGUCUACUAUGUGCUUGCAGGAAACAGGAGAAUAACGUGCCGCAACGGAGAGUGGUCUGAGCCACCCAAAUGCUUGGAUUUCUCCUGUGGCAGCCCUCCCCCAGUGCUAAAUGCCUAUGUACCAGAGGAGAAGUCUAGGUAUCGACAUGGGGAGACAGCACGUUAUCAAUGCAGGCACCUUCUGAGCCUCUUCGGGAAUGAAGUGGUGACAUGCUUAAACGGAAAUUGGACAGACCCACCUGAGUGCAAGGAUUCCUCCGGAAAAUGUGGGCACCCUCCCGCUAUUGACAAUGGAGACAUUAUCUCGAAUCCAUUAGCAGUCUACGCUCCCGGGUCCUCAGUGGAGUAUCAGUGCCAGGCCUACUAUAUGCUUGAGGGAAACAGGAGAAUAACGUGCCGCAACGGAGAGUGGUCUGAGCCACCCAAAUGCUUGGAUGCAUGUGUGAUAUCACCAGAAGUCCUGGAAGAACAUAAGAUAGAGUUUAAACGGUCAUAUGAGAGAAUGCUUUAUUCUGAAACAAACGAUUAUAUUGAAUUUAGGUGUCGACGUGGCUAUUCUCCUAUGUCACCAAGAUCUGCAUUCCGAGUACAAUGUCGAGAAGGGAAAAUGGACUUUCCCACUUGUUGGUAAAAUGAGAGCUACAUGGCAGUUUUCACAUUAAAAUCUGCACCUUCAUUCAGAAUGCUUUAAUAUUAAUCUAAUUCUUCUCAAUUUAUUUUUCGGGUUGGGUGUGACUCACUUUUAUUCAUUAAUCAGAAUUUGUGUUAAGUGCCAGGUGGGAGAUGUCACUUCUCAUAAGCGUCUCAUUAAAGUGUGAGAAACCA